AUGAGGGUGAAGACGACCAAAGUGCACCGUGUGCAUGCAGAAGCGCGACCAUUGCUGCGACAGGAGGCCUUGAUGCCACCGCUCGAUGCUUGGUACGCCCACAGGAGAACAUUACCGACAGUUCUUCUCUACGACAGUACUCCUGAGCCAUUACCCGACUUUACUACGCAUCUCAUCGAAUCCCUUUCAAGGACCCUUAAUUAUUUCCUACAGUAUGCUGGCGAUAUCGACUUUUGUACCAUCGGGGUCGGGGAAGGAAGGCCAUUGCGAAGGACCAGGAUAUUCUGGGGCGGCCCAGAGGAACAGGGAGCAACAUUCAUCGAAGCCAGCACCAAAGCACGUAUACAAUCACUCCUACCUCGCACCACAUCGGAACAAACAAGCUUUAUUUGGGAUCGUUCUGCCGCAUCAGCACGACCACUGUUCGUGAACGAACAUCCCCUUGCGCCUCUUCGAGGCCGUUCGGCGGGUGUACGGGCUCAGAUGACUAGUUUCAGUUGUGGGGGAUUUAGUUUGGCCCUUGAUAUGGACCAUGGCCUUGGUGAUGGCAGUAAUCUUGGCCUCUUUCUGCAGUACUGGGCAGCUGUUUACAACUCUAUGUUCCAUCGCGAUGUUAGACAGAGCCUGGAAAGCCUGCCUGACGUGCUCUUCGAACCCCAAACGCUCGAAAAUCGUGUGGCAUCCAUCCAGUUUGACGAGCAAAAGCUACAGCUAGCCCGACAGCUUCCCACUGUCGCACCAUUUCUUCCGGAUCUGAAAUCUGAUACCGACUUGAACCCGGCGACAGCACAACCUCAGCCUGACAUCCCACAACCUGUACCUACAUUUGAUGGCGUCUCUGGCCUCUUGAGAUUGAGUGCCCAAGAUUGCGAAGAUAUUAUACGCAACAUCCAGAUUCGAGCUACCAGCCCUGUUGUUGACCUAAUGGCAUUGAUCAGCUUCGUAUGGGCAGCUAUCAACCGAGCACGUCAGAGUACUGGAACCCCAGCUGCAGCCCUAUACAUGCCUAUGAGUCUUCGAUCAAUGUUACGACUUCCGCCAGGGCUGCUUGGCUCUCCGUUGAUGUCCAUGGGAGUUGAAUUGCCUGGGGAGGAGUUUACUAGCACUGCCUACUUCGACGCCGCUACACUAGCAGUCCAGACAACGAAGACCGUGGCCCAGUAUACAGAAGAAAACUUUCUCAUACUCACCAAAGAGGUUAUUCAGUGCAACAGCCCCUCAAAAUUUUCUCGUGGUCGCCCUAGCUCACAUGGCCGCAUCGGUGUUUCGAGCGUAGUGCGAUUUGGGCUAAACGAGGUCUCAUUUGGAUCACUCAAGCCUAUCUUCAUCUGUCCUUUGGUCCCUGUUCCUUACAUGUUCAUUGUCAAGGAAGCUAUUUCAGCGCAGGGCCGAGCGUCUGAUGCUAGCAACAGGAGUGCCAGUGGUAGUAUGAAGUGGUAUGAGAAUGGAGCAGACAUAUUUUUUACUCUGCCUCAUGAUGUAUAUGAGGCUUUCAUUUCAGUCCCAGCAAUAGCUAGAUUUGCCACCCUGUACGAUGAGUAG